AAAAAACAGACCCUUGUGACAGGAACUCUGCUUGCAAACAAAAAAAGGUGUACCCAUUCACCACAGGAAUACCAGCAGGUACUGUUAACCACAAAAGAAGGGAUGGAAGCACCAAAUAGCUCCGUAAACCACGUACAACAAGCACAUGGAAGGAGUAGAUAUACUGGAUCAUACAGGUUGACUCUUAGACAGGCAAAAGACCUUUCAUUAAGUUUUGAAAACACUGGAUGGCUUACUGCACUAAUUUUAUCCUCUAUAACAACAACUGCCCUAUCCCAAUUUGAAUUUAUGUCAACUUUGUUCCAAGAGAUUUGAUGCUCAAUUACCUGCAGAAGUUCCAAAUUAGCACACGAUUGUAAUGCUUCCAAGGAAAAAGUAACAGGACUGUGUGAACAGUUCCUGGCGAUCAAAAGACAGCCUGUACCCAUUGCGUAGGCUGCCAAGUAAGGGUGCAUUUAGAAUGCUUUGAAUUAAUUACUUGAACACAACACCAAUAAUAAGAAACGGAUUAUCGAAGUUUCUUUUAAAGUUUCUGGCCUCAUUUAUUUAAUGUGAUAUACAAAUGUCAGUGACUCUACCAGUGCCUUGAGAUAUAUUAAUUUUUCACUCAAGAAUUUUUCACUUGAGCAAGAGGGUAAACUCCCUUCCUUCUAUCAAAGGCAUGUUGAUGAUACGCUCACCAUUAUGCCGAAUAUAGAAACAGCAUCCAACUUCCUGGAGACGCUUAACAAGGCACAUUCCUCCAUAAAAUUCACGAUGGAAACCAUAUGCAAUGGCAUGCUCCCAUUUCUGGGCAUCCAGUUACUGAAUCGAUCACCUCAAAUAGAGACAAAGGUGUACGUAAAACCCAUGAAUUCAAGUCUGCUCUUACAAUAGCAGAGUCACGUUGACAAUCGGUACAAACAGGGUUUACUGAGAACAAUGCUGGAUUGAGCAUAUCAUUUAUCUUCUUGUUGGUCACACUUCUCAGACGAAUGUAACCGAUUGAAGACAGCAUUCUCACAUUUAAAGUACCCCAAACACCUCGUCAACUCUAACAUUAAAAGUUUAGUUGACUCAAAGGUUUGUGACCAGCAGCGACCUUUAUCACCAGCUAAAGAGACGGACGACACAGUUCGAGUGGUUUACCAUUUAAAGACCAAAUCUCAGCAGAUAUUGUGAAAGAACAACUCAAGGAUCUGAGCCUAAAAGUAAACACCACCAUCAAGCCUGUGUUUGCCAGCGGGAAAAUUGAACAAGAACUGAAUGUGAAAGAAGCAAACCCACCGAUCGUAAAUGAACAGUGUGUAGUUUAUAACUUCCAAUGUGACCUUUGUGAUGCAGGCUAUGUAGGUUACACAUGCGGACAUUUCCACAAUCAUGUAAAAGGACAUAAACAACAGUCCUCUGCCACUGGCAAACAUUACAAG